AUAAAACCCCUUUCUUCUCCUUCAUCUUCUCCCCCUUCUCUCUGAAACUCUCUCCCCUCACAUUAUAUACAAGCUUUCUCUCAGCUCUCUCUCUCUCUUUCUCCAUCGAAGCUCCUCUGGCUUUCUAGGGCAACCCAGAUUUCUUCACCUUUCAUCACUCGAUCGACGACCAUGACGAACUUUGCUAAGCUGAACCAGGCAAUGGGGUUUCAGAGAUCAUCAACAUCUGAUAAGCAAAAGAUGCAACCUAUCAGUACAAAAGUAGUAAAGAACGACGAGAACAGUGGUGAUCUUUCCUUGGCAUCAAUAGCCUCAAACCUGCAUGAUAUUUCUACCAUUGUUAAUACACCUAUCCCCUCAUCAGAUAUAGCUUAUAGUUCAUGGGUGGUGGAGCACCCUUCUGCACUAGGCUCAUUUGAUAGGAUGAUGAAAGCUGCAAAAGGGAAGAGGAUUGUUGUCUUUUUAGACUAUGACGGCACCCUUUCACCGAUUGUUGAUGAUCCGGAUCAUGCUUUCAUGUCCAAUGAGAUGCGUGCAGCAGUACGCGAAGUUGCCAAAUAUUUUCCAACAGCAGUAAUCAGUGGGAGGAGUAGAGACAAGGUAAAAGGAUUUGUACAGUUAAGUAAUGUAUAUUAUGCCGGCAGCCAUGGGAUGGACAUUAUGGUCCCUCCAAAGCCACUAAAGCCCUGUGAUGCCAAGAACCACGUCACAGCCACAGCCUCAGCCUUGGAUAAGGAGGGUGACAUGCUCUUUCAACCUGCCAAAAGAUUCCUGCCUGCAAUCCAAGAGAUAAGCAUAGCGUUGGAGGAAAUAGCAAGAAAGAUAGAAGGCGCAAGAGUAGAGGACAAUAGAUUCUGCAUCUCUGUGCAUUACCGGAAGGUCCGGGAAGAGGAUUAUGGCAUAUUAGAAGAAAAGGUGAAGUCUGUGAUUGAAAACUAUCCUGAUUUUCACCUAACUCGGGGUAAAAAGGUCCUGGAGAUACGACCAUCUAUAGAAUGGAACAAAGGUCAUGCGCUUGAAUAUUUACUUGACACUCUUGGAUUCAGUAAUUCGGGUGAUGUAUUCCCAUUGUACAUCGGGGAUGAUCGAACGGAUGAAGAUGCUUUCAAGGUGAUAGAAGCCAGAGGACAGGGAUUUCCAAUAAUCGUGUCUUCCAUCCCAAAGGACACCAAAGCUGCUUUUUCUCUGCACGAUCCAUCAGAAGUGUUGACUUUCUUGUUACGCCUUGCAAGGUGGAGAAAAGCCUCGUCUUCGAGCAGGUCACUCGCUCAAAUUUGGGGUCCUGGGAAUUCACAUAAGGCCAAUUGCUAGGUUUUGGUACAUAAAUUUUCAAGAAUUAGGAAGAUUAAGAGGCUAGCUUGGUUUAUUUUUUAUAGCUAGCCUUAUAGUUAAGUAGAGUUAUAGAGGAAGGAACGAAAAGAAGAAAAAGGCAAACAGUUUCACUGUUGUUUUUGUGGUCAGUGAAAUUGCUGUGCACCCAUGCAUGCUUUUAGUUUUAUGGGUUUCAGCGUAUAGAUGCAUAAGACUAGUUAUUAAGAGGUUUGAACAUGUGUGUUUCGUACUUCGUUAAUUCACCUUUUGGCAUUGUAAGAUAUAUUCAACAAGUUUUUGAGUUUUUAACUGAUUCUGCUUCUUGUC